AUUUGUAAUCAUAAAUAAUAGCCUAUAUUUUAUGCUAAUCAAGGAGGGACAUCAAUUAUCGUCUUUGUAUUGCUGUAACUACCUCCCUUAUACAUCCCCCAGUUCCUGUGUGGGCGGGUGUGUGUCUCCUGUUGCACGCCAUGCACGCUGUAGUCUUUUUUUUUCUUCUUCUUUUUUUUCCUCCCAUCAUGUGUGAUGGAGGCUCUUGAUGGUGCUCCAGCGGGGAAGAGAAGUGUGCGUGAAGUGGCUCCUGGAGUUGACAACAGAUGAGACGCUGCAGGCAGGAGCAGCAGAAGCAAAGAGAGGGAGAGAGAGAGAGAUAUCAGUAUCUGACAAGACCUCAACACAGCGAGCAGGAUGAUCUCCUGUCACGAUUAUGGAUUUAAUUCGGUAUCAUAGUUUUGAAUUACUUGCCUGCACAAUUCUCAUCUCAUCACUGUUGGUGAUAGAUGGUGCAUCUCCUGACGGGCUGCCUCCAGAUGUGGACCAGUGCACACCAAACCCUUGCCAAAACCAGGCACUAUGUCGAAUGCGUGGGGAUGGCUACUCGUGCUUCUGCGUGCCGGGCUUCCAGGGUGCUCACUGUCAGAUUGAUGUGAAUGAAUGUGUUUCACAGCCCUGCAGGAACGGAGCCACCUGUAUGGAUAGAGUGGGCACGUAUUCCUGUCUGUGUCCUCCUGGAUUCACCGGGGCCACUUGCGAGAUCCAGAUUGAUGAGUGUCAAUCACAGCCGUGUCUCAAUGGCGGCAGUUGCCAUGACUAUGCUGGUGGCUUCAAUUGCACCUGCCUGCCCGGUUUCCAGGGACACCAGUGCAAAAUCAACAUUGACGAGUGCCAAGAGCAGCCAUGCCAAAAUGGGGCUCUGUGUAUAGAUGGAGUGAAUGAGUACAGCUGCGACUGCUCUCACACAGCCUUCACUGGCAGACACUGUGAGACACCGCAGCCGCCGUGCCACUCUGAACCCUGCUUCAACAACGCCAUCUGUAAGGACAAUCAGGGUAACUACAGCUGUGAAUGCUGGCCAGGGUUCGAGGGGCAUCAGUGUGAGAUAGACAUCAAUGAGUGUGCCAGCAGCCCCUGCAUGCAUGGAGGCCACUGCAUUGAGAGGUCAUGGCAGCACCUGUAUGGCAGCGAGCCUCUGCUGCCUGAACACUAUGACCAGCAGCGUGCAGCAGGUUACAUCUGCAGCUGUCCUUCGGGGACAACAGGUUCCCUCUGCCAGGAGGUGAUAAACCAGUGUGACCCAGGUCCCUGCCAUAAUGGGGGCAUGUGUGAGAGCCAUGUUGGGGGCUACACUUGCCACUGCCUCAAAGAGAGUGGCGAUGGUAUCGUCUAUGGAGGUAUAAACUGUGAUGUGAGGCUUGUGGGCUGUGAUGGCCACGAAUGCCAGAACCAAGGCUCCUGCUCUCCUUUCCUGUUGGAUGGGACUCACGGCUACACCUGUUCCUGCUCGCCUGGGUACACUGGCAACCUCUGCAAGACCCCCACCACAUUCUCCUUUGAACGCAGCGGCUACCUGCUGCUUCAGAAUCCGCUUGUGGAUGCCGAGGUCUCUUGCAACAUCACCCUGAGCUUCAAGACUGUUUUGCCCAGGGCGGUGUUGUUCCAGCGGAAAGGCAGGGGGCUGCUGCUGAGCCUGGAGCUGGAGGAAGGGCAGCUUCGCCUCACGCUGAGGAAGGAGGCUCCUACUGGGGCUGAACCAGAGAGCCCAACCCAGGUUCUGGAGCUUCCACACAAUGUCACGGAUGGAGAGUGGCAUUCUGUCGAGGCUGUGCUCGGACACUGGGUGCUCAGCCUGAAACUCUUGGAUGACGCUGAGAGCUGUGAGAGCCAGUCAUGUCACAAGGUUGCCCCAGUCCAAAGCAUCCUGACCGGGCUGGUGUCACCUCCUCAGAACACUUUUAUUGGAGGAGUGCUUAAGGACUCAAAUGGCCCCGGUGAGGACUCUCCACUUCCAGCAUUCAUUGGCUGCAUGCAGGAUGUGUUUGUGGACUGGCAACUCAUCGUCCCUCAGGAGUGGCUGAGCGACUCUGCUGUUAAUGUGUCCCCUGGCUGCAGCCACAGGGACCGCUGCCUGGACGUGCCUUGCCAAAACAGAGGACAGUGUGUCAACCUGUGGCAGAGCUACCAGUGCCGGUGUCCAAGGCCUUACGAGGGGCAGGACUGUGAAGAGGAACACGUAACUGCACGCUUUGGGAACGAGGACUCUCACAGCUAUGCUGCGUUCACUGUCACAGACGAUUUGGAUCAUGACCUCUCCAUCUCCCUCUUCCUGCGUACAAGGAGGCAAAAUGGACUCCUCCUGGCCUUCGCCAACAGCAGCAGCCAGUACCUGCAUAUGUGGCUGGAGGACGGCAAGGUCACAGUUCAGCUCAAUAACUUUGAGAGCCUGAAGUCGGAGAGUGUGAUUGAUGACGGCGAAGUCCACUUUGUGAGUGUAGAGGUGGUGGAGGAGCGCAUGGCGCUGUACGUGGCAGCUCAGAAACAGGGUGAUGUGGAGGUCAAGACAGUCAGUGUUCAAGCAGGAGAUACUGUCUAUGUUGGAGGUCUUUUGGAGAUGGGGGCAACAUCAGAGUUUGGUGGAUAUUUUAAAGGCUGUAUCCAGGACCUGAGGAUCAAUGACAGGAGGCUGCAGUUCUUCGGGUUGGACACCUCAGUGAGAUCUUGCCCUCUGAAGCUCAUGGAAAAUGUGACUGCUGGCUGCUCCGGUGACAACGCUUGCAGUAGGAACCCAUGUCUAAAUGGGGGAAUGUGUUACUCCAUGUGGGACGACUUCAUCUGCACCUGCCCGGCCAGCACAGCAGGGCGGCGCUGUGAAGAGGUCAGGUGGUGCGAGCUGUCACCGUGCCCCACAGAUGCAGAGUGCAGGAUAAUGAACCAGGGAUAUGAAUGUUACUCCAAUGCAACUUUCCUGAAUGACAGCACUGUGUUGUCCUACCGGGGAAACGGCAACAUAUUCCGCAAUCUAACUAACCUUUCCCUAAACCUGCGCACACGGAGGCGUAAUGCAGCCAUCCUACACGCAGAGAAGGACUCAGCCUUCGUCACACUCUCUAUCCAGGAUGGUUUUCUCUUCAUGGAGCUUCAGAGCACUCCUAGAGGUGAAGGAGAGGAGACGGAAGAAGAGCAGACAGUGUCUACAGUCAGCCUGAGCAGCAGGAGCAGUGUCAGUGAUGGUGAGUGGCACAGCGUCCAUCUGUUCAUGGCAGCACCCUGGGCGCCUACUUCUCGGUGGACUCUUGUGCUGGAUGAAGAAAUAGAUGAAGCCAGCACCUCCAGGCACCAGGGGGGCAACCUGGAUUUCCUCAAGCAAGGAGUGGACAUAUUCUUGGGGGGCCUGGCCCCAGACGCCGGGUGGUCCCUGACUGGGUGCCUGAGCACAGUAGAAGUGGGCAGCAUUGCCCUGCCUUACUUCAGCUCCUCUGACGUGAACCUCCCACGCCUGCAGGAGGAGCAGUUCAUUCAGACAUCAUGGCAUCCACCGCUCCUGGGCUGCAGCGGGGCCCCUGUGUGUCAGCCGAACCCCUGCCAGAAUGGAGGGGAGUGCCGGGACCUCUUCAACUCCUACAACUGCAGCUGUGCUGAGGGCUGGGCCGGGAGGCGCUGCAACUUCUUCACCGACACCUGCGCUUCUAAUCCCUGUGUCCACGGCAAUUGCAGCGUGAACGGUCUGACCUACGAGUGCACCUGUGAGUUCGGCUACGCAGGUGCGGACUGUGAGGAAGAGGUGGAUAUGUGCGAAAACCACCUGUGUGCCCAUGGAGGCACCUGUCUGCACGGGCCAGACAGGUACGCCUGCCUCUGCCCUGAGAACUACACUGGACCCCUUUGCAAUGAACGCGUUGAAGAAAUUCCAUGGUACAUUGUUGUCAGAAAUGUAAGGCCCAAGCUACCUGUUUCUGUGUGCGGCGAUGAUACCAGAAACUAUACCUGCUUCAAUGGAGGCAACUGCACUGACCGAGAGCUGUCCUGUGACUGUCCACCUGGCUUCAUUGGACACCGGUGUGAGCAGGAGGUGGAUGAGUGCAAGUCCAACCCGUGUCUGAAUGGAGGCUACUGCCGCAACCUCAUCAACAAGUUCAUCUGCGUGUGCGACAUGAGCUUCGCCGGAGACAUGUGCCAGACGGAUCUGACCUCAGAGGGUUUGACCUCUGACCUCUUACUGUCCAUCAGUCUGGUUUCCAUCGCCCUGUUGCUGGUUCUCAUCCUGACUUCUGUCGGCCUAGUGGUGGCGCUAAACCGCCGUGCCACCCACGGCACCUACAGUCCCAGUCGACAGGAGAAGGAGGGAUCUCGAGUGGAGAUGUGGAGCAUCACGCAGCCGCCACCUAUGGAGAGGCUCAUAUGACAGGGAGGUGGGAACUGUGUUUGCAUGCACUGACAUACAUCUGAUAACAGAGGACCAUGCUGGAUUAAAACAUCAUAAAAGAAGAGAUAUCCAUCUGAACUGUGCAGCAGAAUAUCUGCAGCCUGCUUAUAAACACGUUUGUCACCUCUCAGUUCCUCCAUCCUAUAAUUACAGCUGUCAUUCUUCAUUUGCAUAAACACAUGCUGGAAGACUGUAUGAGAUCUCACGACACCAUUUUUGUGUUUUUGCAUCCCAGUGCCUCAUCUAUCUUUCUACCCUGUGCUGCACCUUGCUUUAGCCUCCAGCAGUACAUCCAUCUAAACACAAAGAUUUGAGCUCAGAAUGUAUCGAGUUUAUCGCAUCUUUGUGCCUGAUCCAUAUUUGUAGAACUGAUGUACCAGCGAGCACCCCAAAAAAAUGUAACCAGACUUUGGGACAAACAAAUAGUCCUUUUAAUUUAAAUUCCUUAAGUUUCAUCCAUGUGUAUUUAUUAUAGGACAAUGCCUUUCUAAUUCUUUGUAUACUACAUGUCUAUAUGCUGAAUGUCGCUGUCAUCAUUGAUUCUUUUGAACGUUCUCACUUUCCGUAGCUCCUCACAAACAGAAUUAUGUCCUUCAAGAGUCCGAUUUAAGGAUUAGUUGCACUAGUCAAGAAUAGUUGCUUUGCUUCCUCUGGACCAACUUGAAUGUUGUUAAAAACUAGAAAUGUCUAGACGGCUGUGUCAUUUUAAGUGUAUGCACUGUAAUGAUUAUUUUGUAUAUUAAACUGUGAUUUUUAUUUCUACCUUCAAUUGUUGGCAACUGUACAUA